AUGCUGUCCAAUAUUUUCGGGAGCGUGUGUUCGAUCGAUCUGAAAAUAGAAGCAGAAGAAAAUCGAAAGUUCGCCUUUUUGAGGAAAGACAAAAAGGGAGAUAAGUGUCCAAUAUUUUCAGAUGGAGAAGACAUAAAUGGAAUCGCCACAAUUAGUUUAAAACCUGGAAAGAAGUUUGAACAUUAUGGAAUAAAAUUAGAAUUAAUAGGUCAGAUAAAUAUCCUAAAUGAUAAGUCUAAUUCAUACGAUUUUUUCUCCAUAUCGAAAGACUUGGAUCCCCCGGGAUUUUUAAUAGAAAGCAAACAAUUUAAAUGGAAAUUUUCAGCUGUUGAUAAACAACAUGAAUCAUAUUUUGGAACAAAUGUAGAGUUACGUUAUUUUGUAAGAUUAAAUAUAAUAAAAGGAUAUUCAGGAAGUAUGCAAAAAGAAAUAGAUUUCAUAGUUCAAAAUUUAUGUAUACCACCUGAAAUUAAUAGUACAAUUAAGAUGGAGGUAGGCAUUGAAGAUUGUCUACAUAUUGAAUUUGAGUAUGAUAAAUCAAAAUAUCAUUUGAAAGAUGUAGUUGUUGGUAAGGUUUAUUUUUUACUUGUUCGAAUUAAAAUAAAACAUAUGGAAUUGGAUAUUAUAAAAAUGGAAACAUCUGGAGUUGGAAAAAAUUACACUACUGAAACUGUAACAUUAUCUAAAUUUGAAAUUAUGGAUGGGUCUCCCAUUAAAUCGGAAUGCAUUCCUGUACGCUUGUAUUUGAGUGGCUUUGAUUUGACUCCAACUUACAAAAAUAUCCAAAAUAAGUUUUCCGUUAAGUAUUAUAUUAACCUUAUAAUUGUGGAUGAAGACGAGAGACGUUACUUCAAGAAGCAAGAAAUUUUUCUUUGGCGGAAGAAGUUGGGAUGA